AUGGAGCUUCGAGUGGGAGGAAAGUUUCGCCUCGGCCGGAAGAUCGGCUCGGGCUCCUUCGGCGACAUCUACAUCGGCACCAACGUGCAGACCAGCGAAGAGGUGGCCAUCAAACUGGAGUCCAUCAAGUCAAAGCACCCUCAGCUGCUCUAUGAGUCGAAGCUGUACAAGAUCCUCGCAGGAGGCGUUGGUGUGCCAAACGUCCACUGGUAUGGCGUGGAGGGUGACUACAACGUGAUGGUCAUUGACCUCUUAGGACCAUCCUUGGAGGAUUUGUUUAGCUUUUGUAACCGGAAGUUCAGCUUGAAGACCACGCUCAUGCUGGCCGACCAGAUGAUCAACAGGGUGGAGUACAUGCACGCCAAGAACUUCAUUCACAGGGACAUCAAGCCCGACAAUUUCCUGAUCGGAUUGGGAAAGAAGGCCAAUCAAGUGCACAUCAUCGACUUUGGACUGGCCAAGAAGUACAGGGAUCCCAAGACUCAGCAGCACAUCCCUUACAGAGAGAACAAGGCCUUGACAGGAACUGCGAGGUAUGCCAGCGUCAAUACGCAUCUGGGCAUCGAGCAGAGUCGACGAGAUGACUUGGAAGCCGUUGGCUAUGUGCUCAUGUACUUCAAUCGUGGCAGCUUGCCGUGGCAGGGCUUGAAGGCCAACUCAAAGAAGGAGAAGUACGAGAAGAUCAUGGAGAAGAAGAUGUCCACACCCAUCGAGGUCUUGUGCAAGCAUUUCCCUUGUGAGUUUGCCACCUACCUGAACUACUGCCGCAGCCUGCGUUUCGAGGACCGACCUGACUACGCCUACCUGCGGCGAUUGCUGAAAGAUCUCUUCUUCCGAGAGGGUUACCAGCCACUGGGCAUGCGGAUGAGACCGACGAGACCAAACGAGACGAAAACGUGGUUUCAAUAUCUUUCGGCAACGGAUGUAUUGUCGAAUGGGAUCCUCAGCAGAACUGCAUGGGAACUCCAUCUACCUCCUGUUCUCAUCUCUUCUCCUAGCAAAACAAGCACCGGAACAGGGGAGGACGCAUUUUGGGGGGGACCAGUUCUGCAAUUAGGGGACUAUAUAAGUGCUCAGAUGGUGAACGUGGAUUGUCGUUGCCGUUGGUGCUCUUCCCCCCCGAAUGUUUUUGCGGUUUGA